AUGAUCUUUCCGUUCAAUCCUCAAAUCCCAUUGGAAAAAACUCAAGAACAAGGAAAGGUUAGUUCUAACCACCCGUUUCAACACAAAAUUGCGGCUUUUAAUUUCCUUGUUCAUCGUCUAAUUUCAUUCCCUUUAACACCUCAGAGAUAUAAUAACGAGUUACAGUACAUAAAGAACGUAGCAAAAAGUAAUGGUUAUGAUCCAAUAAUUAUUAAUAGAAUUAUAAACAAAUUUAAAUUCAAAAAACUGCAACGUGAUAACUCGACUUUAAACACGUUCACCGAUCAAUUAGAUACAAAAUACAUUUCGCUUCCAUUUGACAUUAAUUUAACUAAAGGUUUAAAUAAAAUUUUGAAAAAUGAAAAUUUAAAAAUCGCGUAUAAAAACACCAGUAACAUUAAAGAAUUACUAGGUAAUCCGAAAGAUAAAGAGGAAACGUUUUUAAAGUCGGGUAUUUACAAAAUUAAAUGCGGAUGUUGUGACUCACAAUAUAUUGGUCAAACGAAAAGGUCAAUUUUAACUCGUUUUAAAGAACACAUCGCGCAUUUUAAAUACAAUAGAUUCGAAAAGUCCGCAGUAGCCCAACAUAUUAAAGAGUCAGAACAUCCCAUCCGACAAGAAAAUUUGUUCUUGGUAAAAUCUAUUACCAAUCAAAGACAAUUAGAUGCCUAUGAAAGCAUAGAAAUUUUAAAACAUAAGAACAAACAUCUUCUUAAUCAAGAAAACGGGCCAAUUUCUUCAAGUUUAUUUGAGUUAAUUGUUUAAUAUUUUUC